CUCAGACCUCCCUUCUUUUCUCUACUUCUUUCUUUCGGUCUCCUGUAUCGUAUCUUCAGCCUGGACCUGGACCUUUCCCACACAAUGACUACUCUUUCAGAUUUCCUCGAUCUGUCUCAAUCGUCCUUCAAGUGCGCUGCACUCUCCAUCGCUUUCAACCCAAUCUUCUGGAACAUUGUUGCCCGUGCCGAAUAUCGGAAACACUACCUGACACGUAUAUUCGGUAAUCCGUAUUACGGUUGUUACUUCCUCGCAAUCGCCAUUUUUACCCUGGGAAUCGUGCGCGACCAUGUGUAUCAGUCGGCCCUGGAAGACCAGCCCUAUUAUGCCCCUGUGCACCAACCAAUUCUAGGCGGCGUCUUGUUUGCUGUGGGAUCCGUUCUUGUUCUUUCGAGCAUGUAUGCCCUAGGCGUCACCGGAACCUACCUCGGAGAUUAUUUCGGUAUUCUCAUGGAAGCCCCCGUCACUGGCUUCCCUUUUAAUGUCACUGGCUCCCCUAUGUAUUGGGGAAGCACUCUGAAUUUCCUGGGUGUCGCGCUUUACAAGGGCAAAGUUGCCGGGAUCCUCCUGACCGCCGAGGUGUUCAUUCUGUACUGGUUUGCUCUUCAGUGGGAGGAUCCUUUCACUGCUGAGAUCUAUGCCAAGCGCGAGCGCGAACGUGCAAAGGCCAAGCAAGGCGGUAAGAGCCAGUAAGGAGUGCUAUGGUACCGCGGCCUGUUUAAGCAGCGACUGAAAGACGGGGUCAACGCUUAUAGGAUUGAGUCUGGACUUUCAACAACCAUCAAUCUAUGUCAGUCGGGAGGGAAUAGAUAGACACAACCCGGGGGACCCUGGCUAGGAAAUAUGUGAUCAAGAUGCUAGAGUGGGAUUCAACAAUAGAAGGAAGCCUGGGAAGAUGCAACAAAACCAUGAAAGACACGAUCCGAAUGUUACGAGGGCGAAUCUGGAGAGUAGUCAUGGAACAAAACAAUACAAAAGACAAUAUAUUUCUAUUU